UUAAUGACCUUUGAAGAAGUCGCCAUUUAUUUCAAUAAGGGGGAGUGGGCUCUGCUGGACGCCACUCAGAGAAGCAUCUACAAGGACGUCAUGCAGGAGAAUUAUGAGACCGUGGUCUCACUCACCCCAGAGGUUGCAGUUCCCAAACCUGUUGUGAUCACCCAGCUGGAACAGGGAGAAGAGCCAUGGGUUGAAGAUCUCCAGAAGUCUACAGAAAGGGAGAACCUGCAAGACAUCUGCCCAGGUUACGGGAUGGUGAGUGAAAAGAGGAAAGAGAAACCCCCGCUGAAAAGUCCCAAGCGAGUGGCAUCUCACAAGACAUUUUUGUGGAGAAAGGAAAGGAAUGUGGCCUGGAGUCCAGAGCUGGGAGAAGUCUGGGAAGGACCACAAGUGACAGAGGGGCAGCAGAGAAACCCAGAGAAAUGGAAUAAAUCUACUCACUGCAAGGGAGACGCGGGGAACCUCAUAAAAACCCCCGCGCCGCCAAAACGUGGCACUAAAGAGAAGCGGUACGAAUGCGCCACAUGUGGGAAAAACUUCAGCCAGAGGUCAAACCUGACUGUCCAUCAGCGAACCCACACUGGAGAGAGGCCCUACAACUGCCCUCAGUGCAGCAAGGGCUUCAAGCAGAGCUCGGACCUUCUUAGGCACCAGAGAAUCCACACCGGGGAGAAGCCCUACCGGUGCCUUGACUGCGGGAAGAGCUUCAAUCAGAGCUCUGAACUGAUCAAACACAGGCGCGUCCACACAGGGGAGAUGCCGUACGACUGCCCCGAAUGCCAGAAGGGCUUCAAGCAAAGCUCAGAGCUUAUCAAGCACCGGAGAAUUCACACAGGGGAGAGACCCUACAGGUGCCCAGCCUGUGGAGAGAGCUUCAGCCAGAGCUCGCAUCUCACUGUGCAUCAGAGGAUUCACACGGGAGACAGGCCCUAUCACUGCCCCGACUGCACAGAACGCUUCAGUGUGAGGUCAGCCCUUAUUACCCAUCGGAGGGUCCACACCGGAGAGAAACCGUUUACCUGCCCCAUGUGUCAUGAAAGCUUCAGCCAGAGAUCAGCCCUUAUCACCCAUCAGAGAAUCCAUACAGGAGAGAGACCCUACAGAUGCCACGAGUGUGGGAAAAGUUUCACCCAGGGCUCAGCGCUGAUUAGACAUCAAAGGAUUCACACAGGAGAGACCCCCUAUAAAUGUACUGUCUGUGGGAAAAGCUACAAAGCAAAAGUCUCCCUCAUAUCGCACCAGAAACUCCAUGCAGGAUAAAGGGCACCAGGUACUUUUGCUCUGGGGUGAUGGAAGGCAAGUUUUAUCGGUAUUAAUGCUAUAUUUUAUUAUAGAAUCACAGAAAAGUAGGGCUGGAAGGGGCUUCUAGUCCAGCCUCAAGGUCAAGGCAAGAUCACCCCUUACUAACUAUUAUCUGAUGCUCCCUGCCCCUUCUUGGCUUUCUCUAUUAUGGGGGAAUUUACUGAGCCAAAGGACUGGGUUUUAGUUGGAUUAUCUUAGCCCUGCCUUCAAGGUGCCCCACUCGUGCACUGUGAUUGCUCCUGAAAUAAUUUCCCUGACAGAUGUUUCUCCUUAUUUCUUGGCAAGGUGGCAGUGAUGCAGUCUCAUGUUUCAGAGCGGUCUUUGUAGCUGAUGCUUAUACCUUGAAAGGUUUGCUCGUUUCAUUUAAAUCAUAAUAAAACAUUUAUUGUGAAUCCCUUGUUGCCCCAGGCACAGCAGGUAGUCCCUCGUUUCUUGUGCUGUAACGGUAGAGCGUCCCAGGUUGCUCUGUAGUCUGUGUGGGGUAGCAGGUAGUUGUGGGUUGAGACUAACUGUUGGGAAGAGCAAGGACUGAGUGAGCAGGGGAUGCUGGUAGGACAACUGGAGCAUUUUGCUUUCUCACUUCUUGUACUCCAAUUUGUUCACAACCUUGGCACCUCUGCCCAAAAAAUCACUCCUGGAAAGGACAGUUCCUGAAUGAGCUUAAUGGGAGACAGUCAGCUCACAGCUGGGGCAAUGGAAGGAGAGCCCAGAUCAUGUGAGCCAGAAGGGAUAAACCAAGGGAUUGCAGAGACCUCAAAACUGGCUGUCCUGGGAUAAAAGAACCAAAACCAUAGAGGCCAAGGAGUACAUGGGUAUUUUGUGACAUGCCAGGAGUGGUCCUCUGGGGUCAUGGGCUCUGUCCUGCAGUUUAGGAGGGCAACGUUGCUUUGUGAGCACAGGUUUCCAAAGCCAGUGUUUGUAACAGCAUUUUAUUCUUCUCUAGCCACCCUUAUUAUUCCCACAUCAAUCCCUGAGCAUGGGUUUGUUCCCCAAAGCUGGUACAUGUUUGCACUGAUUGAUCCUGGCUGACCUGCCACUGACCCAAGCAUCACUUCACCCCCAUGUGCCUGAGGUGGAUGGUGCUGCCUUCAGUACAGCAGGUCAUCUGCAGCUUCAUUCCCUCUGACAGUAGGAUAUGACAGUACUAAAUUAUGAGCUCUCUGUUGUACCGCGUAUUGAAAAUAUUGCCAACAUGGCUGCACAAGUCCGAGCUUCCCAGAUACAAAGGGGUUACUCUGCCUUCCAGAUAGCUGUCCUGCCGUGGAGCCAUCAAGGGAUGUAGUACUGGACAGGGCCUCCUAGGCCAUUAUAUAUCACAUAGAUGCUAUUGCAGGCAACUGUGUCACAUCAUUUCACCCAUAAUA